CGCAGUGGAGGUCGGGCGGAGUUGUGGGAGGGGAGGAGGAAGAGCCGGAGGGGGGCGGGAGCCGGUCCCAGAAGAUGGCGGAGGCGGGGGAUUUCUGGUAGGUCCUCUUUUAGGACAAGAUGCUGUAACUGUAGGAUCACCGGCCUGCUUCGAUUCACAGACAUUUGGUUUUUCCACUGGGAAGGCUUUUUUUUUUUUUUUUUUUUUUGUCUUGCCGGUUUACUGAACUUAUGAAACCAUGGCAGAAGGAAAGACAGAGUCGCCUGGGCCCAAAAAGCGCGGCCCCUAUAUUUCAUCUAUCACUAGCAGGAGCGUGAACUUGAUGAUUCGUGGAGUGGUGCUGUUUUUUAUUGGAGUGUUUCUUGCAUUAGUGUUAAAUUUACUUCAGAUUCAGAGAAAUGUGACGCUCUUUCCGCCCGACGUGAUCGCGAGCAUCUUUUCUUCAGCGUGGUGGGUGCCGCCCUGCUGUGGCACAGCCUCAGCUGUGAUUGGGUUAUUAUACCCCUGCAUUGACAGGCAUCUAGGAGAACCACAUAAAUUUAAAAGAGAGUGGUCCAGUGUGAUGCGGUGCGUAGCCGUCUUUGUUGGUAUAAAUCAUGCCAGCGCUAAAGUGGAUUUUGAUAACAACAUACAGUUGUCUCUCACACUGGCUGCACUCUCCAUUGGACUGUGGUGGACAUUUGAUAGAUCUAGAAGUGGUUUUGGCCUUGGAGUAGGAAUCGCUUUCUUGGCAACCUUGGUCACUCAACUGCUAGUCUAUAAUGGUGUUUAUCAAUAUACAUCUCCAGAUUUUCUCUAUGUUCGCUCUUGGUUACCGUGUAUAUUUUUUGCUGGAGGCAUAACAAUGGGAAACAUUGGUCGACAACUGGCAAUGUAUGAAUGUAAAGUUAUCGCAGAAAAAUCUCAUCAGGAAUGAAGAAGGCAAAAAUAUAUCUUUUGUACAGAAAAACAAGCUGAAAAGGGCAUGAUAGCUAUACCAACAAAACGUCAGACUGUAAAAUUGCUAGGAUGCAGUUUUCCCCUUGAUUGGUGUAUAGGUGUGUGUGUGAGUGUGUGUGUGUGUAUGUGUGUGUGUGUGUGUGUGUGUGUGUGUGUGUAUGUGUGUGUGUGUAUAUAUAUGCAUAUGUAUAUACACAUAUAUAUGUAUAUAUACACAAGUAUAUACGUGUAUAUAUACAUAUAUAUGUAUAUAUUUACACACACAUACAUCACACAUAUGCUCAUAUGCAUAUACAUGCACAUACGCAUAUAUUACUGCAAUCUGUGAUUGCUUCAUCUGUAAAUCAGUUACAAACCUUUAUGUAUUUGACUUAAAUAACUAUAAAAUAUAUAUGCACUACAUUAAAAACAUGUUCAUUAAUAGAUGAAAUUUUUAAAUUAAUUUUUUAAACAUACCAUAUAUUGUAUCACCAUGUUGAUGUGCCAAAAUAUUCUGUUAUUGUCAUGCAGAGUAUAAGAAUGCUUGAACUGUUAAUAAACUUAGUGAAAUAAAAUAGGAGGAAAGCCAAAAAAAAAAGAAAAACAAAAAUGGAAAGCUGGCAUAUUCUCUUUUGCUUACUGUUGUGCCUUUUUAUUUUUCUAAUCACAGCAGUAUGAGCUAUGGGUGCCCUAAUGUGUGGUUAGUUUCUAUUUUAAUGUUGUCUCAGAGAGCUUUGGGUGUUUUAAUUUAUAAUGAAAAUGAACGUCUGUAGAACAUUUUCAAACCUGCAUUACUGGAGAGAGUCCAAAAAAGGAAUUACACUGGAGGUAAAAGUGUUGAGCAGGAGAGGUUAUCAGCAUUAAAUUGUUUUAAGUCUAAUCUGCGAGACUAUAUAUAAUUAAAAGAAGGUACCAUUGGGAAAUUUAGCUGGAAUGAAUGUGUUUUAGAAAUACAAAAAUGACCUUUUACAGUGCCACAAAGUGUUAAAUGAUAUUGUCAUUUGUGAUACAGAAUCCCAUUCCUUUUGCACAUGGAACACACAAAAAACCCCAAACCGAUCAAAAUGAAGUUUCUAAUUCUCCUGGGUUCUGUAAUCUGUUGGGCUCUGUAAAGCAAACCACAUUAGCCAGGCUGGGUCAUGUGACUGAUUAUCAUUGGAAUGCCAUCUGGGGAAUGGAUGAGCACAUCACUUUUUAGGUAUUCAUAUGCCCAUUAGUGAGUAGUUUAAGCCUGUUUAAGAAUGUACUGAGAUGGCAUAUUGUGCAUGUUAAAGAUCUUGAUAACAGUUUUGUGCAUAUCCUUCUAACACCUGGAACCAUGUAAGUGUGGUUUAAACAUAUUUUUAGUUAAAUUUUUCCCAGUUUUUAUUGAUGGCAGUUGUCUGAUACAAAAGGGUGGAGCUUUCUGCUUACUCUGUGUGUGUGUGUGUGUGUGUGUGUGUGUGUGCGCGCGCGCACUGCGUUGAGUGAGAGAGAGGAUGUACAUGUAAAAAUGUAUGUGCAUGUGCCCAUGCUCUCAUAAUACGUCAACUAGAUAUCUUGUAAUUUUUGGUUUUAAAACCAUUGCUAUCAGUCUGAGAUCUUGUAUGCCAAACUUUAAUCUGCUUUUACGUUUUAAGGCUGAAAGUGAGAAAAUCCUAAAAGGAUUUCAUAUUGAAUAUAUGUACACAAUCUUAACUAUAGUGGUGGUAAACAUACUACUAUAAUUUAUUAUUCUAUCUUCCAGAUAAUGUUAUUCAUUUAGAACAAAUAAGGUAUAUUUUUAGAAUCAACUUUGUAAGCACUAUAAAUCUUUAAUAAGUUAUAAGGUCUAUGAUGUGUUUACUUUGAAAAUUGCUGUUAAAAGCAAGAUGUAUUAAAUAUAUAAUUAUCAUCUUGGUUAAGAGUCUUUUUUUCUUCCCUGUGGUAAAUCUUAGAAUCUAAUACGGAUGAUUAAUUUAAUAAAAUUAACAUGUAUGGUUGAAUUUGCUAAGAAAUAAUGAAAGGAAACCAAGUCGAGUGUUAUAGGAACUGAAUGAUUAUCAUUUUGGAAUUCUUAAAUUAUUUUUAGAUCAUCUAGAAAACAAGAUAUUGAUGGCAAAAAAUAAAAUUGUUUUGAUAUUUUGAUAAGUAUGUGAAUAUAUUACAUCUUUUUUUUGCAAUGAAAGAAAGUGGUAAACAUCUUUUAACAUUGCUACAUUGUCAUUGCUUCCUUUUAUUAAAGUUCUGGAAACUGAAUGCUUGAAAACUGAGACUAAAUUCUGCAAAAGCACAAGAAAACAGUUAACUAGCCAGAAUCCUGCUAAUACUUUUGUUAUAAAUGUAUUUCUUUGCAUGGAGCGAUUUUACCUUUAUUAAGGUCACUGGAACCUCUCAGUGGUGCAUACAUUCACACAUCUUGUAUUUUCUAGGUGGAAUCCAGACUUGGUCAGUAUUAAAUACCUCUCUGAUCUUGGCUCACAGUGGAGUACAGCUGACCCUUGAAACAAUGUGGGGGGUAGGGGUGCUACCCGCACCCAGUCGAAAAUCCGUGUAUAAUUUUUGACUCCCCAAAACUUAACUACUCAUAGCCUUACCAAUAACAUAAAUAGUUGGUUUCAUAUACUGUAUUCUUGUAAUAAAGAUAGAGAAAAUAAAAUGUUCUUAAGAAAAUCAUAAGGAAGAAGAAAUGCAUUUACAGUACUGUACUCUGUUUAUCAAAAAACAAUGCAUGUGUAGGUGGACCCGUGCAGCUCAAACCCACGUUGUUGAAGAAUCAAACUGUGUAUUCUUCAGAAGGUAGUUCUUCCAGUGAUGGUCUGUGUGUAGCAGAGUCCUAGCUUUGUGCAUCUGGAAGAGUCUGCUCUUUUCUCCCAGAACAUCUUAUCAGGCCUUAGAAGUCUAGGUUCCUGGUUUCCCGCUGCUCCCAUCAUGCUGAAGACUUUUAACUCAUUGUUUAUGCACUUUGAAUCUGUGCGCUCAACAUCUUCAGUUCCGGAAACAUUUUAAAUCUGGCUGCCUAUUGGAAUUAUAUGGAAAUUUGUAAAGAAUGCUAAUGCCUGGCUUCCACCUUUGGAGACUCUAAAAUCUUUGGCCUGUGGUAUGCCCCGCACUUUAGGAUCUUCACAAAUUCUGUAGGCGGUUUUAAUGUGCAGCCCAGAUUGCCACUCAUUGGUGUGGAUUCGUGUGAGAUGAAGAGCAUGUUUGAGGUCAGAGAGGUAUUGUAACUUGGGGAACAAAGAGCAAGGGAAACAUUGGCAUACAUUUUGGACUAGGUCAUCUGAACUUGAUGACGUGAGCGUGGAGGUGAAGGAAGAGGAAGUGUGAUUUAAUGUUUAUUCUUUGGAAAUCUAGGUGGAUGGCAUUUCUGUAAAGCAAAGAGGAAUAUAGGGAAGCAGAUGAGUGAGUAAAGUUAGUGAGUCUAGUUUGAUAAGUUGAGGUCCAGGUGUGUCGGGGACGUCUGGUAAAGAUGUGUCAUAAGCAGUCAGAUAGUUGAGUCUGGGUUAUCGGAUGUAAAUGGGGGAGGUCAUUGUUGGCAUAUGUCCAUGGUCCUUGAAGCUGUGGGCAUGGGUGUGAUCCCCUAGGGAGCAUGUUACCGUGAAGGGAGACAGAUCCGAGGCAUGCUGGCAUGUUAGCAGAGGGGUUGGAGGAGGUGGGGAGGGUGUUGUCACAAGUGGGAGGAGAAAGAGAAGAGUGAUGUGGUUCAAGCCAGAGCAGAAGGCAGUUCCAGACAGGAGAGCUGGUAGUGUGAAGUGCAGUUGGAAGGAAUAACCAACCUUAGAGAUAAAGGAGAUGUAUGGUUUAUGUUGAAAAGUGCUUUUCUUUUUGUGUUUUUUAAUGUUUAUUUAUUUCUGAGACACAGAGAGACAGAGCAUGAGUUGGGGAGGAGCAGAGAGACAGGGGGGACACAGAAUCCGAAGCAGGCUCCAGGCUCUGAGCUGUCAGCACAGAGCCUGACGCGGGGCUCGAACUCACAAACUGACUGAGCCACCCCGGCGCCCCGAAAAAUGCUUUUCUUAACCUGUUGUAUCUUCACACUUAAAAUAUUUCAUUGUAUACUAAUAGCUCUCAAAAGAUAUUUGGGAAACGCCUGAUCAUAUACUAAGCCAUUUAUUAUGAGCGAGGGGAGCUGAGGUGAGCUAGAGGACUUUGAAAGAUGGUGGAGGUUUGGACAGCCUCUAUGAAGAAUGGACACAGGGACUGACAAGAGAUGAAGAAAGAAUUUCUAGACGGUUUUGAGUCCAUCAAGGACUCAAGUGAGGCCCCAGAUGAGACACUUGACAUGGAGCCAACAGUCAACUUGGUUAUGCCGUGUCUGGGGGCUCAGUAGCCCAGCAGUUAGGGCAGUUGUGAUGGCAGAGAUUGAUUCUAGUUAGGAAUUUGUUGGAAGACGUGGCAUAACGGCCAUGUGAGAAAUUAAUGGAGGCUCCUGACAAAAGAUCAGGAGUCUUGCUUGGGAUCCAGGCAAAUUGGAGAAGGAAGUUGAACCAGCAGUGCUGACCUGACAGUGUGAAAGAAUCAGGUAAGCUACAAGGACUGCACAUCUUGAGGUAAAAAACGUUUUUUCUAAGAAGGGUCAUAGGCUUAGAGUUUGUAGUCAGCAGUUUAGCGGAACGUUUCCAACUCUUGAGGUCCAGGGUGCGAUGUAAACAACUUCGUUUACAUAGUUCCCUGAAGUGGGUGGAGAAGCACAGCAGCGGAGUGGAGACCCAAGGCCUGGGUGACCAGCUGUUAACAGUGGUGUUGGUGUUACCUGGAAAAAUCUCAGAGGUGAGGUGGAAAGAAAGAUCUGAUCUGUAGUCCUCCUGACCAUUUGAAUGAAAUACUUAUCCAGCUGCCUUGAUUGUAUUGGGAUUUUAAUUAGAGUCCUUUCUCCCUUGUUUUAUUGAUUUAUUUUUAGUUUGUUUUUUUUUUUCCAUCAUCCUACAUAUUCUGAUGUAGAGGAGUAGGUCUUUUUCUAUUAAUCCUGUUCAGUCAGAGACAUCUCCUCUUUAAUUCUGGGCUAUUUUUUUUUUUUGUCUUUGCUCUUAUUAUUCGUUUGUUCUCUAUUCUUCUCAAAUUCCUCCAUUUAAGAGAUCUUUGACCUUUUGUUUCUGUUUUCUGUGUACCCUUUAGCUUUUCUCUGCUGUGCUACACUCUAGAAGAAUUAACUGGAUCUUCUAGCUCAGUGAGUUGCUCUUCAGCUGUAUCAUUCAGCGUUCAGCCAUCACUAGGCUUUUACUUUCAGUGGUCACAGUUUUAAUUUCAAAGCUAUUUAUGUGUGUAUGUAUGUAUGUAUUUAUGUGGAAAUGCGUUGCCAUUCUUAUAUUUUUCUUGUAUUUUUUGAGGCUAGUAAUUAUUCUUCUUUUAAAGUUCUAAACGCAGGGCACCUGGGUGAUGCAGUUGGUUAAGCAUCCGACUUCGGCUCUGGUCAUGAUCUCACAGUUUGUGCGUUUGUGCCCCACGUCAGACUCAGUGCUGACAGCUCAGAGCCUGGAGCCUGCUUCAGAUUCUGUACCUGCCUCUCUCGCUGCCCUUCCCCCACUCACGUGCUGUCUCUGUCUCUCAGAAAUAAAUAAGCAUUAAAAAAAAAAUUUUUUUUUUAAAGUUCUAAACUCUUCUACAGAGCCAUUGCAGGGGAAGGCAGGAUGAGCCUGUAUCACCAGCCUGUCUCUGGAUGUGGGUGCUCCCUUGUUUGGCUUGGGUGGACUGCCAUGCCUCUCCACUCCUACCCCUUUCACCUGGGGGCAGAUACUGUGUUGUCUCUGCCCCGUCCAAGGUGGGCGAGUAGACAUGUAGUUGGCCAGGUGGCUGCUUCCACAAUAGCCUGCUUGAAUGCAUCAGGUCAGUUACUCUUGGUGUUUCCGUCUCAGAGCAUCAGCCACCUCUGAGCUUAGAAUCUCUGAUUUCAUGUUUAUAGCAAGUCCCCUCCUUUCAUGUUCGGAACUGUGUUUUCUCUCCAUCUCUCUGCUCUGGAUUGUUUUCUCACUUCGAGGAGUUCCUUGUAGUGUUUGGUCCACGAAGGAUACGGUCUUACUUGACAAUAUAGUUAUGGAUUCCUUUUCUUUUUAAUUUUUGUUGUUAUUUCUAUGGAUUGGGGGUAGGAGGGAGAAGCUAUGGCUUCAGGGGUCUGCUGCCCUGAUUCAGCUUUCUCCACUUCCUUUUUAUACCAUGAGAUCAUGCCAUCUGCCUGUUCAUUUGUCUUUACAGGCCGAAAACUCAAUUUAGUUAGGAGCUGAGAUAAAUAGGUUAAGUCGGUGGUUUCUUGUUUGGCCUCAAUAAAAAUUGAGGUACGGAGAGUAUUUUCCCUUUCGAAAUACAUUCAGUUCAUAGGGUUCAUUGUGCCAGAGAGUAUGAGUAUCCUAGUGUCUGUUCCUUUAUGCCUCCCUUCUCUUUACCACUGAUGAAAUCUGUGAAACCUGUCAUCUUUCUUUGUGAUUUACAAGACAGACUUUUCCAGGGUAUGUCAACUGUUCCGAAGACAAUGUUGUUAAGUAUCAGAUUUGGCAGAUCAGAUAGAUAAUGAUGUGCCUGGGAAAGAAUGGGCUAUUGAUGAGUCUCGUGUCAAAACUGAUUGCCAUAUAUGGGCAAUUUUUCCCUUUCACCGUUUCCCCGGCUGUGGUCUGUGUGAGGAUUUCAUGAACAAGGGGCAGUUUUGAUUCCACAUCAGAACUGUGCUCUAGUGUGACUGCCCCCUUGUCUUCUGCUUUUUUAUGGCAGGAUUUGCAACUGCUAAUCUUCCUGUAGCUUCCCCAAAGGUGGGCGUUAGUAGGAAUGAGCACGUAGGAAAUAUACUGCCAUUGAAAAAGAGCCCUUUUUUAUUACCGUUCAGAAAACAAAUUCACUCAGCACUACUGUUUCCGUAAGAUUGUUGCGUUUGCAAGAUCUCUUUUUUAGAAACACUUUUUGAGGAAACUUGUACAGAAUGAUCACGGACCAAUUCAUUGUGAUGAGCAAUUGAGUAGACAAAGGAAAGAAAGAACCCAAGUGCUGAAUCUGUUUGCUUUAGAAGAAAAGUUUCUAAAAUGCAUUCCCUGGGAAUUUCUGCCACUGAAUGAAACUCAUUUCUAUUCCCUUUAUAGUCAUCACAUGUCACUCCUAGACCUUCUGGGAAUGUCUACCCAACCAAAGUAUGACAGUGGCAGUUCUGUUUUGAAACAGUCCUUUCUGCGUUUACAAAAGCCUGAGAUUUUCCAGCAGGACGUUACAGAAAGACAAAGUGCUACCCCAUCAUUUUAGGAUCAGCUGGAUACGGCUGCUGCGCGUAGUCUGCGCAUUGGCCCAGGGAGCCCGUGGCCUGACAAUUUGAAGAUGAAGCUUAAAGAUGUUUGUAAAGACAAAUCUUUGUGGAAUUUCCUGUGCCUCAGACCUAGUGUGUGUCAGUGUCAUGCCUGUCUAAGAGAAAGCGGGUCAGUAUACAUCAAAGCAGAUCUUUCCAGAAUGUAUGUAAAAUUCAUAAUAAGGUUGAGUCAGGUUCAGCUUUUCUUCCAGAAAGAAUAAAUCAGCGACCCUUAAAUGUUCGAUAGUAUUAGUUCUGGUUCUGGCUCCAACUAACUGUAAAGGGGCUGGGAUGUGUAAUCCCUCUCCCUGGGGGACAGGACAACGAGAUACCGGUGAUCAGUGGUAGUGUCAGCCACGGUUGGCGUAAGGCCUUCUGUAGCACUUUCUGCCCGCUAGCAUAUUUUCCCUCCUAAGUGAUUCAUAGUGAACAUGACUAUGAGAAAAUAAAAUACUUUUUGGUGGUCAAAUUAAAAUUAUAGUCUUUAAGACACGUAGCAUAAAAACUUAGUAUCCAAGUUCUAGAAUGGUGGGAAAGAAGGAAGGGGCUCACUUUUGCCUUUUCCUACCAUCUAAGAGAAGAAGUGAGGGGGAGGAAAUGAAUCAGGCUUUUGCUUUGUGCCUCCUAUGAACAUCCCCACCACACCCCUCCAGAUAUGGACUGUUUCAUAGCUUCCAAUGUCCAGGUUUUUCUUUCCUUUUUUUUUUUUUUUUUUUAAUUUAUUUUU